UUCUUUUGGUUUUGGUCAGGUAUAAAGGUAAGUGUUAAAACAGACAGGAAUUCAGUGCAGUCACAGUGCAGUCCUGAAGAACAAACAUCAUUAUGAUGGGCAAGAUCAUCUUCUACGAGGACAAGAACUUCCAGGGUGGUUCCUAUGAGACCAGCUCCGAUUGCCCUGAGCUGACCUCCUACCUAAGCAGGUGCCACUCCUGCAGAGUGGAGAGCGGCAACUUCAUGGUGUACGAUCGCCCCAACUUCAUGGGAAACCAGUACUUCAUGAGAAGGGGAGAGUACUCCGACUACAUGAGCAUGAUGGGAAUGAACGAGUGCAUCAGGUCCUGCCGCAUGAUCCCCGUGCACUGUGGAAACUUUAGGAUGAGGAUCUACGAGAGGGAGAACUUCGGAGGUCAGAUGCACGAGAUGAUGGACGACUGUGACUCCAUCCAGGAGCGUUUCCGCAUGUCUGACUGCCAGUCCUGCAACGUGAUGGACGGCCACUGGCUGAUGUACGAGCAGCCCCAUUACAAAGGCAGGCAGAUGUACAUGAGGCCUGGAGAGUACAGGAGCUUCAGGGAUAUGGGCAUGGGAAUGGGAGGCAUGAGCGGUGGCAUGAGGUUCAUGAGCAUGAGACGUAUCAUGGACAACAUGUCCAUGAUGUAAAUGCUCCAAUGUUGUAUGAAAAAUGUAUUUUUGAUUAGUCUCUGUAGGACAAUUCAUGGAAGCGAAAACAAUAAAACUCUGAGUUUCAGUGAUUU